GAACCCGUGGUCAAAUGUGAAUCAGAGAGCAUAUCCAUUGUUUUCAAAACUCUUCAGUCAUUUUCUGGUCGAACGUUCGUUAAGGGUUAUAUUCAAGAUGCCGAUUGUGUGCAGGCUGGAAAUGAUCGUUAUGAGCACGAAUUCUCAGUAAAAUUUGAUCAGUGUGGAUUGCGACGUGCAAGAGAGUAUAACGGUGUGAGUGUUUCAACGACAAUUAUAAUAUCUUUUCAUCAUCGCCUCACAGAGAACCUAAUCUUGAAGGUUUUUCUUACAAAAGUGGAUCGUGCUUAUCGACUUAAUUGCUUUUAUAUGGAGGCUACGAAGACAGUUACGCAACAAAUCGAUGUCAGUAUGAUGACAACAGUUGAAUUGAAGGUGCAGAGCCAGAUGCCGUUAUGCAGAUAUGAGAUCCUGUCUAGUGGUCCUUAUGGUUCUCCUAUUCGAUAUGCGAAAAUUGGAGAUAGCAUCUACCACAAAUGGACUUGCAUGUCAGAUAUUGAUGACAUUUACUGUAUGAGAGUUCAUUCAUGCACAGUUUAUGACGGUCAAGGUGGUGAGCGCAUCCAAGUGUUAGAUGCUCAGGGAUGUUCGGUUGACAAGUUCGUGCUGAUCGAUUUAGAUUAUGUAGACGACUUAAUAGCUGGGCAAGAAGCGCAUGUAUUCAAAUUUGCGGAUCGACCUGCACUUUAUUUUAAUUGUCAGUUGGAACUAACUUUAAAAGACUCAACUGAAGGAUGCGCCAGAACGCGGCCACAUUGCAAUUCACAAGUUGAAGUAAGACCAUCUGGAAAAGCUUCAGAACAGUUAGCUGAUGAUGGACGAUCACCUGAGCCACCAACAGCAGUCUUUCAGCCAACAGACAGCUAUGGAAAUGAAGCAGAGCCAGAUUUUUUGCAUCAUUUUGUCUCGAUCAACUUUUCAGCAGAUGAACAGUCGCGUCGAAAAAAUGUUUCAAACGAGAAACCUUAUGUAGUUGCAGCACCACCUGGUAUAAAUCCUCCAUCUUAUGAUGAAAUUUCAUCGACGGCUCAAGAACUGUCCAGCUAUGCAUUGAAAUCGACUGCUUCGGAUACCCAGAGCGCUUCAUACAAACGACUUUUAAGGAGACGAAGAAAGACGAGUAUUAUUACAACCCAAACCAAUCCGCAUCUCGCCGACGUCGAUCUACCAGAACAGAUUUUGACCGUUUUUGGCAUUGAAGAUGGGCCGCCACCAAGUUAG